ACUCCACAAAUCCAACAGAAACCAAGUCUUGUUGAGCCGCUGACAGACAAGCUGCUCGGCUCAUUUAGAAGACGAAAUAAUAAUACCGGCAACUCUUUCGCUUUGACAAUGGCUGUUUUACAAGAACGCACCAGUCUGGGACGUCGUCGUAUCGUAUCUGUCAUCGUCUCUAUACGGCGUAGGUCUAUUAUUGGUCAAGCUUCAACACAGUGAGACGACGAGAGUUAGGGUUUCUGAUUGUGCAUUAUCUCCUCGGUGCCUAGGGUUUUUCAUUCCAAGCCAUUGCUAUGGAUCUUCUCCAGUCAUACACAGACGGCGAAAUCGAUGGCGACGACCAACAGCCCCAGGAACCAGACGAGUCGCUUCGGAACCCUAGCUCAACCGCCUCCGACCACCACUCCUCGCCGGAAUCUUCGCCGGUCCGAAUCUCCCUCCCCGCCAAAUCGUCCGCCCCCAAAGUCGAUGACACCACUCUCGCCCUCACCGUGGCCCAGACCAAUCGAACCCUAGCCAAGCCGCUCGACCCCAAGCAACACGUCGUCGCUUACAAUCCCACUUACGACCAGCUCUGGGCGCCGAUCUACGGCCCUUCGCAUCCCUACGCCAAGGACGGUCUCGCCCAGGGCCUCCGCAAUCACAAGCUAGGGUUCGUCGAAAACGCCGCGAUUGAGCCCUUCGUUUUCGACGAACAGUAUAAUACGUUCCACAAAUACGGUUAUGCGGCUGACCCCUCGGCCUCGGCCGGGUUUAAUUACGUCGGAGACUUGGAUAGGUUGAAGGAAUGCGAUGGCAUAUCGGUGUAUAAUAUACCCCAGCACGAGCAGAAAAAGCGGAGGCUUGAGAAGAAGAAGGAUAAAGAAGAAGGGGAAGGCGAAGGCGAAGGCGAAGGCGUCGAUCAGGUUGAUCAGACGGAGGUCCAGAAUCCGGCGUCGGAGGCGUGGUUAUUGAAGAACCGGAAGAGUCCAUGGGCGGGAAAGAAGGAAGGGUUGCAGGCGGAGUUGACGGAGGAGCAGAAGAAGUAUGCGGAGGAGUAUGCGAAGAAGAAGGGUGAAGAGAGAGCUGGGAAUAGUGAAAAGGGUGAGUUGGUUGCUGAUAAGAGUACAUUCCACGGGAAGGAGGAGAGGGAUUAUCAGGGUAGAUCGUGGAUUGCGCCACCUAAGGACGCCAAGGCCACGAAUGACCAUUGUUAUAUACCAAAGAGAUUGGUCCAUACUUGGAGUGGGCACACAAAGGGUGUGUCUGCCAUUCGGUUUUUCCCUAAGCAUGGCCAUUUGAUUCUCUCGGCUGGAAUGGACACGAAGGUGAAGAUUUGGGAUGUGUUCAAUUCGGGUAAAUGUAUGAGGACUUACAUGGGGCAUUCAAAGGCAGUUCGUGAUAUAUGGUUUUGCAACGAUGGGACUAAGUUUUUGACUGCUGGAUAUGACAAGAACAUCAAGUAUUGGGAUACAGAAACGGGGCAGGUGAUAUCAACAUUCUCAACAGGGAAGAUACCUUAUGUGGUCAGGCUGAACCCAGAUGACGAUAAGCAGAAUAUUCUUUUAGCGGGCAUGAGUGACAAGAAGAUUGUUCAGUGGGAUAUGAAUUCUGGGCAAAUCACUCAAGAAUAUGAUCAGCAUUUGGGAGCAGUUAAUACCAUCACUUUUGUGGACAACAACAGAAGGUUUGUCACGUCCAGUGAUGAUAAAUCUCUCCGUGUUUGGGAGUUUGGUAUUCCUGUGGUUAUAAAGUAUAUCAGUGAGCCUCACAUGCAUUCCAUGCCAUCCAUAGCUCUUCACCCCAACACAAACUGGCUAGCAGCCCAGAGUUUGGACAACCAGAUUCUUAUCUACAGCACUAGGGAAAGAUUUCAGCUUAAUAAGAAGAAAAGGUUUGCAGGGCACAUAGUGGCUGGAUAUGCUUGCCAAGUCAAUUUUUCACCUGAUGGAAGAUUUGUUAUGUCGGGAGAUGGCGAGGGUAAAUGCUGGUUUUGGGACUGGAAGAGUUGCAAAGUCUUUAGAACUCUAAAGUGUCAUGAAGGGGUAUGUAUUGGUUGUCAGUGGCAUCCAUUGGAGCAAAGUAAAGUGGCAACUUGUGGCUGGGAUGGCUUAAUUAAGUACUGGGACUAGUCUCCUGAACUUUCAAGGUUCCCAAAUUAUCGAAGCAACCUACUGCCUUUUCAAACUGUUUUAACCAGAUUGUAUACUAGAUACACUACUCUAGGAUGAGUUUCCUCUGUUUGAAAUUAUAUGCACAUGUACACAACUCAAGUGUUGAGAAUGGCAUCAAUGUACCUUACUGCCCUCUGUUUUUUUGGUUCCCACCUCUCUGGUUAGUAAGUAGUCAGUUGCUUAUGUGAAGGGGUUUUCUGAUUAGGUUUUUGUACUUAUCUCUUCCGAUUUUUAGCUUAUUCCCCCUUCAUUGUGUACACACAGUAAUUUCUCUUUCACUAUAAAAUAACUAUAGGUUUUGGGAUUAA